AUGAAGUUCUCUGCUUUUGCUGUCAUUACUGCCGCCGUGGCCGGCGUUGGCGCCGUGCCUGUUGAGUCUGGCCCUCUCUCCUCCCUCCAAAACCGCGCCACCGAAGCCAUAGGCGGCGUCGUCUCCUUCAUCCGCCGCGAAGAGCUCGGCACCCCCGUCGUCCCGCAGCAGCUCAAGCGCGCGCCGCCGGUGCGCUUCCACAACGCCCGCGACGCGGAGUACCUCCGUCGGCGCAAGGACGGCGACGGCAAGGGCGGCAGCAACCCCGUACCACCGCUCAACCCUUUCAGCAAGGGCGGCAAGCGAGACGCGCUUGAGGCGCGGAAGAAGAAGGACCCGGAGGAGGUGCCGCCGUUGAACCCGUUUUCGACGGGGAGUAAGGAGAGGAGGGAAGGAGGGGAUUUGACGAGGAGGAAGGCGCCGCAGGAGAGUGUGCCGCCUUUGGCGCCGUUUUCGGUCGAUGGGGGGGAUGAGGAAUGA